UGCUAUAAACAAGAGCGAGUCGCCCGCCAUUGCUUCAGCGGCGCGGUUGUAACACAGGGGGAAGCUGACUUAUUUUGAAUAUAUUUUGGAGCCGUAUAAAGUUCACAGAAUUGUGGUAAAAUCUUCGGAGGAAAAUGUCAGUACAUCCACCCCCAAAAAGGAAGGAGAUAUACAAAUAUUCAGCGCCAUGGACUCUUUACAGCAUGAAUUGGUCUGUGCGUCCUGACAAAAGGUUCAGACUGGCAGUUGGAAGUUUUGUGGAAGAGUACAAUAACAAGGUUCAAAUUGUUCAACUGGAUGAGGACACUUCAGAGUUUGUAGUGCGCUCUACUUUUGAUCACCCGUACCCAACUACAAAAAUAAUGUGGAUUCCAGAUAGUAAAGGUAUAUAUCCGGAUCUUCUGGCUACCAGUGGUGACUAUUUGAGAGUUUGGCAACAAGGGGCUGAUGGGGACACAAGAAUGGCAUGCCUGCUCAAUAAUAACAAAAAUUCAGAUUUUUGUGCUCCUCUAACUUCCUUUGAUUGGAAUGAAGUAGAGCCAAAUCUCAUUGGUACAUCAUCAAUCGACACAACGUGUACCAUCUGGGGUCUGGAGACUGGACAGAUGUUGGGUAGAGUUAAUGUAGUCUCUGGUCAUGUUAAAACACAACUUAUUGCUCACGACAAAGAAGUAUUCGACAUUGCAUUUUCAAGAGCUGGAGGGGGUAGAGAUAUGUUUGCUUCUGUUGGUGCUGAUGGUUCAGUAAGAAUGUUUGACCUGCGGCACCUGGAACACUCUACUAUCAUAUAUGAAGAUCCUGCACACACACCUCUUUUGCGACUAGCAUGGAAUAAACAAGACCCCAAUUACCUCUCAACUGUGGCCAUGGAUGCAUGUGAGGUGAUCAUUUUGGAUGUACGAGUUCCUUGCACACCUGUUGCUAGACUGAACAACCAUCGAGCAUGUGUAAAUGGCAUUGCAUGGGCUCCACAUUCAUCUGUUCACAUAUGCACUGCAGGUGAUGAUCAUCAGGCGUUAAUAUGGGAUGUUCAGCAGAUGCCCAGAGCAAUUGAAGAUCCAAUAUUAGCAUACACUGCUGCCGAAGGAGAAAUAAACCAGAUCCAGUGGGGGGCAACACAACCAGACUGGAUCGCCAUCUGCUACAACAAGUGUCUUGAAAUCUUGCGAGUGUGAGUGGAUUGGUGUGUGCAGAUUCUCCACUGGAGCUGUUAGAAACCCCAUUGGAUUUCCAUCCUGUUGAAGAAACAACAGGAGAAUAGGUGCAUGAGAACCAAAAGUAAGCAGAAUGUGAUGUUAUGUAAUGUUGCCUAUACAGUCUGUAAAGAAAAUUAAUUGUUCUUAUUUUAUUUUUACAUCAGAAUGUAUAGUAUUGCCAGUUUAUAUCCUGUAUUAACUAUGUUAUAAUUGGAGUUUAACUGAUGCUCAUGUUUAGUUUUGACUCCUUUUGUAAGGUGUUUUUCACACACACACACACAUGGAACAUUUCAUCGGAUUAUAUAUAUAUAAUAGUGUUUCAUAAAAUAUUGUCAUCUGUGGAAUAAAGGUAAGAGACACCACCUUGUACAGCAAAAGGAGUAUUUCAGUUAUUUUAGAGGGUGAAUCCAAUCAUUGACUAUCAAAAGCAAGUGCAAGUUAACCCUCUUUCUGUCUUCACAUAGUUGGGGUUUUAGGUAGGGUGUACUGUAUAUGUAAUUUAACAACAAAGGCUCAAAAACAAUAUUUAUAACUUGAGACAAAGAAAUCUACUGUGGGUAGGUUAAGAGUUUUAUUUAUAAAAAUACAAACGAGUUAUGGCCUCAGUCUGUUGCAGGAUAACCAGCCUCUUAGAUAAAUCAGGAGAAGGAGAAGUACUAAUAAAAAGACAAGUACAGUAGAAGAUGACAAUUUUUUAUUAUUAUAAUUAAUUGACAAUUCUAAUACUGUAUGUAAUUUUACAUGUUUCACAUGAGAUUCUUCUGUCCCACAAUGUGAUUGUAUGCCGGUUAUUUCACCUCCAUAAGUACUGUAGACACCAAAUAUUGGUAGUUUGUAAGAUUUUAGAAUGUAACUUCAUCUUAAUACUGACAAUGAAAUUUUUUUGGAAUUUUCUCGGAAUUUCAAUGAAUCGAUAUUCUAAGCUACUUGCGUAUAUUCGUUCAGCGUGGCAUAAAUUUAGAAUAAUUUCAGUAUCACUGUAUCAACUUCAUAACAUUCUCAUACUGUAAAGCCCCACUCUUGCUGUAAUGUGUCUCAGUAUUUCUUGCAGUACAGUCCAGCACUGGUGGACCUUAAUCAUCAGGAAAAAUGGAGUUGUGUUUUAAAACUGGGGGAGGGGACACGACACCAAGUGAGGGGUGUUGAUAUAGUGCGUGUUUGUAUGUGAGAGAGAGAGAGUAAAUCAACAGCUAUUGCUUGCAUUACGGUAAUGAGCUAACUCUGGUAGGAUAUUAUGGAAUUUCAUGAUAUGUUAACAAGGUUAGUGCUCUCCAUGUUUAGGUUUGCAUUAUAUUGUCACCCCUGGCAACUCUAGCUCCUGUGAGUUAUUGGUUCUUGCCACAGUAUGUUGGAACGGAUUAAUGUUUUUUUUUUAAUAUAUCACUCUCCACCAUACUAGUUAACUAAUUUCUUAAAUUUCAUUAAUAGGAUAUUUUAUAUUACUGUACAUGAAACUUAAUUUCAAAAUGGUACUGGUAGUUUGUGCUCUUUUAGCUAACAAGGCAGCAUAAGGUGUUGUGAGUGACAAUGUGGGAGAUUGUCUUGUGGAACAUUGUAUAGGCUGAAUUGCUGCUACCUCCACUUGAACAGGGAUUUAAAGAUUCUUUUUUUUUUUUUAAUAUUAUGAUAUAAUGCUAAUUGGAGUGACCAAUGAAUAUGCAAAUACUGUAUGCAUCCCAAAGCUUGUAGGGUUUGGCCAGUAAAUCUCAAUGUGGUAUAUGACUGGUGACAAUCUGAAAGUCUCACAAUCCCUCCAUGACAACCAUUACUCAAUAAUGAUUGAUUGGAGGCCACAGUUUGUCUUUUAGACAUCAUUUUUAUUUUGUUUACUUAGUGGCCCAUCAACUUUUAUUGCAGUCAGUGGAGGUUUUCUUGACUGGUAGCAUGUGUAUACGCUCUGCUUGGCCUAGUCCUGUCCAUCUUGUUUUUUAUGGACAACACAUCUGCAGGGAUUUGUUGUACAGUAUAAGAAACCAAGGUUCCUAUAGUCCCUUUCAUUAUAUAAAAUUUCAUAGGCAGUGGUGGUCUUUUGAGUAAAAGCUUUCAUGAUUCCUAUCACUGUGUACAUUACUGGAGCAAUCAUUGUUAAAUAAUGGAGUGAUGCAAUUUAUAUUGAUGGUGGAUCAGUAAUCUUUCAAAUACUGUAAUGGAUUUACUUAAAAUAAUUGCUAACUCCCAAUCUGUUUAUUGUUUAUUCUGCUGGUGACUCAGAAUGAGUUGAUGGUUUGGAAUACAGUAGCUGGCAUCAGAUUUAUUUGCAUCCUCAUUUCACCUGAAUCCAUCAAGUAAGCUUGAAGCUGGGGCAGUAUAAAGAGAUCUUUAUUCUGGUGGCUCCAUUUCCCCCCUUGUAGCAGCUUGGUUUGUAUUAUAUUCAGCUUCCAUCUUUGAUAUAUAGUAUAGUUAAAGAGAGUGUGGAGUCUUGGUGUCAUGCCCUGUUCUCAGUUUUCAAGUUCUAUGUUUGAAUUUUUAAGGUACUGUGGGUACCUAAAUUAAGGGAGAAUUUGUUAGGUUUGGUGUUGGGUCUAAGUGUGAGGUGCCUAAUUUUUAUGGUUAAUGUUAUUCACAUCUGUUGGUGGUUACUUGAGUUUUCUGUGGCUCUCUUCACAACACCUUACCACCUUGCUGUGAAUUACUUCAGAUCUUUAAUGAAUGGGACAUCUUUCUGAGCAGGAGAAAUUUAUUCCUGAAACUCAGAACACUACCAAAUUUGGCAAGGGCAAGGGGCAGUGUGUAUGGUGUAUGUUUUUACCCCUUUUAUGCCGAUAGUAUAUUUGAUUUGGGUAGCUUUGACAAUUUGAUCACAACCAAAAUGUCUAAGAUAAAUUGGGGUGUGAUAGAGAAUGGGUUUGUUUAAUGUUACAGGGUGUGUUGUGAUUAUACUGGUACUAUAUUAGUUUUACUUAGGCUGUAAACCAGAUCAUAGUGGUUGUGUGGUACCCAGGCUUCAUUAAUUGUGUGUGAGCCACUGGUAAAAACGAUUUUGUCAAAACAUCAACAUCAAGAAGUAUUUUAUUGCUUGCAAAAUGGCUGAGGUAUUCAUAGCAUUUUAAAAUAAUGUGCAUAUAGCCAGUGCCGGAUUUAGACCUGUGGAGGCCCAUGGCCAGCCUCUUUGUGAAGGUCCCCCUCAUUAUAACUACCCAAGAGGGUGGGGUGGCGAGUGAAGCGAGCCUAAACAUCUGGGAG